AUUAUUUUGUAGUUGACUACUGUUUUGAACAUUAACUUAAAUGCCAAACUCAAAAUUAAAUUUACUUGUAGAAUGUGUCUGUUGCUGAACGUUUUCUCCAUGCCACGUCUUAGCACUUCAUGGCAACAGCAGCUACCUCAUUUACUUCUCUAGCGGCUACCUAAUCCCCCACCAUUUCUUUCAUUUCAUUCCUCGUGACCCCAAAUUUUUAAAAAUUUGUCUUCAGCUUUUACCAAAAAGAACAUGGCUGAGGCCAGGAGAAGUACUACUACUUCAUUUGAUGCCCAGUUAAAUCAGAAUGCCAUUGAGGAUGGUAGAAGAAAUGCCGGGAUGAACAAGUAUACUCUCCUUUGCGCACUUUUGGCCUCCACAAGCUCUAUCUUGUUGGGUUAUGAUAUAGGAGUGAUGAGUGGGGCAGUGCUUUUCAUCAAAGAGAAUUUAAAAAUCACAUCAACCCAAGUGGAAAUUUUAGUAGGAACCCUAAACGUAUUCUCUCUAGUAGGAUCACUUGCCUCUGGUAAGACUUCGGAUUAUAUAGGCAGGCGUUACACCAUAGUCUUGGCUGCAACAACAUUUUUCAUAGGUGCGCUUCUUAUGAGCCUAGCACCCUCCUUCCCAUUCAUUCUGGCCGGUCGUGUAGUCGCUGGCAUCGGCGUUGGCUACGCCCUCAUGAUCGCUCCCCUCUACACCGCCGAGCUAUCUCCAGCCAUGUCCCGGGGCUUCCUCACCUCCCUACCCGAAGUCUUCAUCACUUUUGGGAUCUUGCUAGGUUACAUAAUCAACUAUGCCUUGUCAAGCCUACCGGGACACAUAAAUUGGAGACUAAUGUUGGGCCUCGCGGCGGUGCCGGCGAUCGGAAUCUGUUUAGGUGUCAUGGUUAUGCCUGAGUCCCCACGUUGGCUCGCCAUGAAAGGCAGACUAAGUGAUGCAAAGCAGGUUCUUGGUAAGAUAUCAUCGACCGAAGCUGAAGCUGAGUUGAGAUACGAGGAAGUUGUCAAAGCAGCGGGUCCUGCUGCUGAUGAUGGUCGGAAUUGUGGGCAAUGGGUUUGGAAAGAGCUUGUGUUUAGCCCAUCAAGGCCCAUCCGUCGGAUGCUUGUGGCUGCAAUUGGGCUCAAUUUUUUCAUGCAGGCAUCUGGAAACGACGCCGUUAUAUACUACUGCCCUGAAGUGUUUAAGGCAGCUGGCAUCCACAGAAAAACGCAUCUUUUCGGUGUGAAUGUCAUCAUGGGGCUUGCGAAGACGUCUUUCGUGUUGUUCUCAGCUCUGUAUUUGGAUAAAUUCGGAAGAAGGCCUCUUUUAUUGCUGGGCUCCGUAGGAAUGGCCAUCUCACUAGCUGGACUUGGUUUGGGCUCUAAAUUGAUGGAGAGUUCCAACAGCAGGCCGACAUGGGCCCUUGUAUUGUGCAUCAUCGCUGUGUGCGCCGAUGUUUCAUUCUUCUCAAUUGGGCUCGGCCCAAUAACUUGGGUUUACUCAUCGGAGAUUUUUCCUACGAGGCUUCGGGCCCAAGCUACGAGUCUGGCCAUAUCGGUGAACCGGUUGGUGAGUGGGGCAGUGUCAAUGACAUUUUUGACUAUUUCUAAGGAAAUAACGUUUGGGGGAAUGUUUUUUGUGCUUGGGGGAGUUAUGGUGGUCGCCACAGUGUUCUUUUACUUGUUUUUGCCUGAGACAAAAGGCAAGACCUUGGAAGAGAUGGAAACUAUUUUUGAAGAUAGAACUAUGAGUACAUGUAAUUAUAGGACAAUGGAAAUGAGGCCGAUGUAGUAUUAUUUGGUGCAAUAAUAAUGUCUUUGGAAGCUCAAAAGCUGAAAUUAAAAGAAAGAAAGGACAGAAU